UUCACCGUCAAAAACCAUCAUCUCCCCUCCAUGAUCGUUUCAAAUCCAAAGAAGCAAUCAUGAAUUUGAUGAAAUCGUUGGGUGCAUCCGCCGUGGUGAAUGUGACAACCGCCAGUUCCGCCACCGAUCUCUGUCAAUCUACACAAUCCAUCCCCUUUCUUUCACUGCCUCAGCAUUUGCCCAAACUAACCACCGCCAAUAUCAGCCGGAGAACAACCACCUUCGUCAAGGCAACCGUCGCUGACGUCAAAUUUUCCGAUCCUGUUGAACAGGAACAACGGGAGAACAAACGAUACCAUUUUUUGGUUGCGAAUGCGAAAUUUAUGCUCGAUGAAGAAGAACACUUUCAAGAGCAGUUGUUCGAGAGGGUUCGCCUUUUUAAGGAGCGUAAUAUGGAGCAGGAUUUUUGGCUCGUAAUCGAACCCAAGUUCUUAGAUCAAUUCCCUGAUAUCACCAAGAGACUUAAGAGACCCGCUGUUGCUCUUGUUUCCACCAAUGGUACUUGGAUCAAGUUCAUGAAAUUGAGAUUGGAUCGAGUUUUACCAGAAAGCUUUGAAGCCGAGAGUCUUGAAGAAGCAUUGGCAUCUAAUCCUGCUAAACUAGAGUUCGAGAACCCGAAUAAAUGGACGGCACCCUAUCCCAAAUACGAAUCUGGUUGGUGGGAGUCUUUUUUGCCUUGAAUCGCUAAGUAUGAGACAAUCGAGCCAACCUUAUGAACCAUUAACGACCAAAAUGGGCUCGGUUCAAGGAGUCACAGUUAACCUCAGUAAGGGUACUCUGGUUUCUCUAAUGUCGAAAGUUAGUCCUUAGAGAAUAUCUUCGAUCCUAAACCAUACCGUUAUAGAACGAUCAGAAUGGAGAUUGCGAGUUUGUUUAAACUCAUGUUGAGUUUCUUGAUUUUUAAUAUAAUUUCAUCGAAAACUUUGUUUUUAGGUUUGAUCA